UGAAAUUAUAUAAAGAUACAUACUGGCAUAUCAAACGUGGAAGGUAACAGAUCACGUAACUAUAACACGGCAACCACCACAUACUUUAAAAGGAUGACCUUGUUAGACACCCUGCUAGAAUCUGCUGUCAAAGAUGACACCGCGCCCGGAAUCGUGGUGAUUGCCAGAGACAAGGGCGGCAAAGUCAAUUACUCCAAGGCAUUUUCGUCAGAGAACGGAACGCCAUACCAUCUAGACACAGUCAUGGAAAUAUCGUCCAUGACAAAGUUCCCAACGACAAUUGCCGCACUACAACUUGUCGAAAGAGGUCUAGUCACGCUCGAUGAAGAUAUCUCGCCCUUGCUACCGUCCUUUGCAAAACAAGGCGUCCUCACCUCAGUGGCCGAGGAUGGAACCCCAACGGUGCGGGAACGACGGAAUCCUAUCACACUGCGCCAUUUAAUCACCCACAGCUCUGGCGCCGGGUACCACUUCUUCCACGAAGGCCUUGGCAAGGUCCGAGCGUGGCAGAAAAAGGGGCCGCCAACAAAGGACUCAGUCGACGACUCAUUCGACCUACCUCUGCUAUUCGAGCCUGGCGAGGGCUGGGAAUACGGCAGCGGCCUCGAUCGCGUAGGGCAGGUCGUCGAGAAACUCAGUGGGCUGUCUCUGGAAGACUACACGAGAAAGAAUAUCUGGGAGCCACUAGGCGCCGACAGCUCUACGUUCUUUCCUGACCUACAUCCCAGCAUCAAGGCUCGACAAGUGCCAAUGGCGUAUCGCGGCGACCCCGAAGGGCCUGCCGUAGAGAAGCCUGAAGUCCCGACAGUUGCUACUGGGCUCAAGGUCCCCUAUGGAGGGCACGGGCUGUUUGCUAGCAUGCCUGACUAUUUCAGCAUCCUCUACUCGCUGCUUAUGGAUGACGAGAAGCUAUUGAAGAAGGAAACCACCGCGAUGAUGUUCCAGCCCCAGUUGGUGCCCGCGAGCAAGCAGGCGUUAGACCAGUUCCUGGAAACGCCGGAGAUGAAGAUGCAGUUUCCUUCUCCGCCGAACGAGCGCGACUAUGGCCUUGGUGGCUUGCUCGUUGUGGGAGACAACCACGAGUAUUGGCGAAAGGGGGCGUUGAUGUGGGGAGGUGCGGCGAGUCUCAACUGGUUCAUUGACCGCUCGACUGGUGUAUGCGGCAUCUUCGGUGCCCAAGUUCUCCCGUCAGAUCAAAGAAUGAGGACACUGAUCGAUGCAUUCCAGGCUGAUGUCUAUCGAAGAGCUGGGAAAGUUGUCUUGACUUGAACCUUUUGUAAGAUUAUCAUAUCUACCAAAAGGCAUAUAUAAUCAUAUAUAGUUAAUACCAGUUCAAAACC